AUGGCGUCACAGGACCCUAUCAUCAAAGCAUUGCAAGACUAUACGACGUGCGAUGUGUCGGACGCACUGUGCAAGCUCAAGUUCCGCAAUGGCGGCUUCCUCUCUGGCCUGACCAUGUGGUCUCCUCAGCGACAGGACGGGCCGACCAAGAUUGUAGGCCCGGCUUACACUGUCAAGUACGUGAGGCUCGACGACCCGUCGCCGAAGCACCCCACGCAUUAUAUCGACUCGGUCCCCGAGGGAUCUGUCGUCUUUGUCUCGUGCCCGCCCAAGGUGCCGAAUGCCGUGUACGGUGGCCUCAUGUCGACGCGUGCCCAGGCAAGCAAGGCCGUGGGUUCAGUCAUUGAUGGACGGUUCAGAGAUCUUCAGGAACACCGAGACCUGGACUUUCCUAUCUUCGCUCGUGACGUCGGCACGGCACCUCCUUACGAACUCGUCAAGGUCGUGGGGGUGAAUGUUCCUGUCAAGCUUCAGAGCGAGGACCAGGACAUUACUAUCAACCCUGGUGACUACAUCAUUGCAGACAUGAACGGCGUUGUGGUGCUUCCCAAGGAAUACGCCGUGCUGGCAUUGCCGUUGAUGAAGAAGCAGGUCGAUGCAGACUCCCAGAUGGCAGUUGCAAUCAAGGAGGGCAUGUCCUUCUCGGAAGCUAGCAAGAAGUUUCGUUGA